AUGCACCCUUCGCAACCAGCCGUCGUUGGUUUGAUCGGGAUGGGCCAGAUGGGUCGGAUGUAUGCAGACAGACUAGCGAGCGCCGGUAAUUGUCAGCUAAUGGUAUGUGAUCGACCGGAGAAAUUCGGCCAGCUACGAGACGACUACAAAGAUCGGCCGAAUGUAGCGGUGGUUGCUGAUGGUCAUUUGGUCAGUCGAGCAUCUGACUUGAUCAUUUAUUCGGUUGAUUCCGAACAUAUCGAAAUGAUUGUAGAACAAUACGGACCAUCUACAAAACUAGGAGCGAUCGUGGCAGCGCAAACAUCAGUCAAAGCACCAGAACAAGCUGCUUUUCAAAAAUAUUUACCAAGCGACACGAGAGUGUGUUCGAUCCACUCUCUUCAUGGUCCUUCGAUUCCUCCGGAUGGUCAGGCAUUAGUUUUGAUUCCUUUUCGUUGCUCGGUUGCAGAGAAGCAUUGGGUGAUGGACAUCUUGGCACCACUCCGAAGUCGAUAUGUCGAACUUAGCUAUGAAGAACACGAUGUGGUCAUGGCCAAUACUCAGGCUUGCACACAUGCUGCCUUUCUCAGCAUGGGAACCGCCUGGCAUGCGACUGGCCGCUUCCCAUGGGACUCCGGUCGAUAUAUCGGUGGUAUCGAAGUUGCGAAAAUCAACAUAACUCUCCGGAUAUACUCAUCUAAAUGGCAUGUUUACGCUGGCUUGGCAAUAAUGAACCCAAUCGCAAGAAUGCAAAUCGAUCAGUUCGCUCGCUCAGUCACCGAACUGUUCGUCAUGAUGGUAUCUAACGACGAAGAAGGGCUUAAAAAGAGAGUUUAUGCUGGUCGAGAUCAUGUCUUCGGAUCGCACAGCUCACCCAGAUCAUCGCCUCCCCCGAUAUUUCUUUCGGAAGAGGUCUUUAUGAAUUUCGCGAUCGGCGAACCAGCCGCUGGUCCUUCGCCUCCCAACAGUCAUCUCACAAUCCUUGCGAUCGUCGACUGUUGGCAUCAACUUGGGUUAAACCCAUUCCUUCACCUUGAUAUUGCUGCCACGCCUGUCUUUCGGUUGUGGUUCGGUUUGAUUUACCAUCUCUUCGAUUCGCCAGAAAGGCUAGACAAGGCGAUCCACGCUGCUGUGUACAACCUUGAUUAUCGUGCUGAUGAUUGCGAAUUCGUACUCGCCGCUCGUGGAUGGAGUCAGUGCAUCAGUUACGGCGAUUUCAAGCUCUACCAAGCCCGAUUUGAGCAAACCGCUGAAUUUUUUAAACCUCGGAUCGAAGAGGCUCAAGACAAAGGAAAUGCAAUGCUGAAGUACAUUCUCGAAUUUUGCGGCUCUGGCUAA